AUGGAGAAAGCCUCAUCUUUUCAGCUUCUAGCAUUUAUAUUAAUAUCUCUUCACAUAAUAGAAACAUGCUUAGCCAUGAAUAUAAGCACUGAUCAAUCUUCUCUUCUAGCCUUGAAAGCCCAAAUUACUUCAGACCCUUAUCGCAUACUUUCAACAAACUGGUCUUCUUCAACCUCUGUUUGUAACUGGAUUGGAAUCACUUGUGGCUCUCGUCAUCACAGAGUGAUUAAACUGAAUAUUUCAGACAUGGGAUUUACUGGUACCAUCCCACCACAACUUGGCAACCUUUCUUUUCUUGUUUCACUUGAUCUAAGCUACAACAAUUUCCAUAGUGAACUUCCACCAGAUUUCACUCGUUUGCAAAAAUUGAGAGCCAUUAAUCUUAGUUACAACAACUUCACCGGAGAAAUUCCAAUAGAAAUAGCCACUCUUCCGAGUUUGAAAUUUUUGAACUUGGGAUACAAUAAAUUAAAUGGCUCCAAUGUGCUCUCCAUAUUCAACAUAUCAACACUAAAAUUUUUGGAUCUCAGAAAAGCUGGUUUAACUGGCGAUUUCCCUUCUGAUUUAUGUCGUCGCCUUCCCAGAUUGCAAAAGCUUGUACUUGGCUUCAAUAUGUUAAGCGGAGAGGUACCAAGAACCAUAUCAGAAUGCUCGGAACUUCAACUCCUAUGGUUGUUUGAAAAUAACUUUGUUGGAAAAAUUCCAAAAGAACUCGGUAACUUGGAGCUGCUGCAAGAUUUACAUCUUGGAUUUAACAAGUUACAAG